CAGAGAGAACCGUUCAUGACACGGAAAAGCCCGUGGGCUUAUCCAUAUUAUGAUCCAGAAAAGUACUUCGUAGCACACUUUCUUCUUUCGAAAGCAUUUUAACAUUUAGACCGAGGCACGAAAUGGCGUGAGGAUCUUUUGUAGCUAGCAAUUCGUCAUUUUUUUAAAAUAUAUAAUGGUAUAUUCAUGAUGAAUAUCCUUACCAAAUGGAAUACUGGAGCAUUUUACGACAAAGGAACACUAUCUGUUCAAGGGUAUAUUAUUUCCGUCAUAAUCCAUCGUUGUUGUUUGGAAUGUAUCCCGCUCAAUGUAUUGUGUUAUUAAAGAAAGGCAGAAUGUUUGGAUAAAGCCGCUUCAUUAUGGUCAAGUAAAUCCGGUUAUCUGAAUAAUACGAAGCUUUGUAUAAUGCUAAUUGUGUAAUUAAUGGUCACAGUGUGGUACCCCCAUGCCUACGGACCUCCCGCCAAUCCUUACAGGCCAAUUAGGCUGGCUAGACUGCUGAGAUCGAGAUCCUAACUUUCCACUAUUCUUAACCAACUCUCAGAGCUCGCAAGAAGAUCUAGCAGCGCCUUGGUCUAGCUACCUACCCAUCGCAAACUCCACCGUGGGAAACCAAGAUUGAAUCCAGAAUAGUGUUUCGAUUGGCAGUUCGGUUCAAGUACGAUCAUACAAACAUAUCAUCUCCCAUCUUCGAACAUUGGGAUCAUGAAGAGAAAUUCAAUCAACCAGAAUUGAUUUGUGCGCGCCAAUUUUAAGAGCGAAGAUAAGCACAGUAAACACCGGUCACCGUGUGGAUGUGGAUGUGUGUUCUGUUUUGGGUACCAAAAUAAAGUGUGAACUAAAGUGCGAUAGGUUUGGUAAACGACAGACCCCUGCUAAAAAUGGAUGUCUGGAAAGUCUUGAUCUUGACUUUGAUAUGGCUGUUGACAGCAGACUCGGCUCCGCCGGAUUAUGUGACGUUAACCCGUAAAAUGGAGAGCAAGAUUCUACGGGUUAUGGGUCUAAGCGAACGACCACGACCUAAGCCCAACGCUACGGCACCUCAAUACAUGUGGGACCUCUACAGGCAAAUGGCAGCAACAGAAGAGGCAGCUAGUCGAGGAGGAGAAACUGAAACGGGGGAUGAGGAGCAAGAUGGAAGGCCGUGCUCCGAAACCAAACUCAGUAGCAACAUCAUCAGGAGUGUUCCUAAUUCAGGUGGUAGCUUCCAAACAAGCAACUCAACAAGCCUUCAACAAAUUCUCUACUUCGACGUAGCUUCCAUUCCUAAAGCAGAAACCAUUGAGGCUGCCGAUCUCCGACUCGAGAUUCCCGCUCUGUCAUCAACAUCGGAUGCCUCUACAUUAGCACUGAGAAUAUACCAACUACAAAGUCGGACUAGGCUAAAUUCAGUUGUUUCAUUGAAAGACAAACGUUUGAGAUUGCUCGAUGUUGUGUUUGCAGACAUGUCCGAAGGCUACGCGGGGACGAUAGAUGUGAUGAUGACUGCGAGCUCAUGGCGAUCAAAGAAAAUAUCAAACCACGGUCUCUUGCUACACAUGGAGACGCUACCGAAUUCAGGCAACAGUCGAAGUGAUCGUAGAACCAUUAAAGAGCUUGGAAUGAUGGGUAAUAAAUGUACAGCCAAUCUGAUUGUGACGUCGUCAGAGUAUCGACAGUGUCGUCAAUCGAAUCGACGGAACAAGCGACAAGCUGAAAGCGAAACUACCGCCGAUAUUUCCUCAUUCCCGACGGCAUCACUCACCAACCUUUGUCAACGACAUCGUCUCUUUGUGAGCUUCCGUGACGUCGGGUGGGAGGAUUGGAUCAUUGCUCCAAUGGGCUACCAAGCGUAUUACUGUGAUGGCGAGUGUCCAUUUCCACUCGGUGAACGACUCAAUGGUACCAAUCACGCCAUCAUACAGACACUCGUCAAUUCAAUCGAUAACCGAGCUGUUCCAAAGGUCUGUUGUGCUCCUACUAAACUCUCUGGCAUCUCUAUGUUAUAUUUUGAUAAUAAUGAGAAUGUGGUGCUUAGACAGUAUGAAGAUAUGGUGGUAGAAGCUUGUGGGUGUCGAUGAAAGACCUCGGUUUAGGAAACACUUACCGUAGAAUGACAACAGUAAAUGCUACGAAGAACCAUGGCGUACGAAGAACUGCACAGCGUCAAGUCUGAGUGUGUCUGAUGAAACAAAGGAAGAAAUCCCAUAUUUGGCGCGUUUUUAUGAGUAAUUUGUUUGAAGCAGUUUUAGCAUUCCUCUCGCAAGGUUUUGAACCACGUUCUGCUUCCAAAGAUCUACAAGAUCAUGUGUUAUUAUUCUUGUACUGCGACAGUUAAAGCAAAAUUAGUUUAUAUCAUGUUCGGAUUGGCUGUUGAAAGCAUUUUGCCCUCACUAAUCCAAUUCGAUUCUGCUGGUUCCAAUGACAAAUUAAAAUACAAUCAUUAGCUCUAUUGGGGUAUUCUUGGGAUGGGAAAUUGGAUGGGAAUUUUGGAUGGAACACACUGAAAAUGUAAAAAAAAAUAGAAAAAAUAGACCAGUCACUCACUAACUUUUGAAUGGCGUCUUAUGACAAUGACAUCGAGUAUAACGGGUGGGAAAUUGAUGCAUACUGUUGCACAUGAUCUUACGUACUUGCUUAUAAGAGACCUUCGCAAUGGCCUUAAUAUUCAUUGAGCAAUUUCUCAACCCCACCUUUCUGUAAUGUAAGUCACAAUCUUAUUAUUGUAUGUUACAUUUCGAGUGUAGAAAACUUUGUCACCGUUUAUCGCAGGAUAGCUUACGCUAUUUUUUCUACCCUUUCUGGACAAAGCAAUCAUUAUGUUGCCUAUUUAUCAUUUAAACGUCAUUAGUUGGAAACCUUAACCAAGUUUGGGUUGGCGUGACUCUAUAAAUAUUCGACACUGUCAGUAGGUGUCGUCGCUCUACUGUUACGAAUACUUUAAAAGGGUGUAAGUUGACGAGAGUAUGAGUCUCUCCCGAGGCCGAACUCGGGGUAAAGAAGUGAUUUUCAGCAACUGACACUCUUCAUGUAUGUACGACCACAAUGUCGAAGAAUUAGUUCGUUGCGAUUGCUUGUUAAACGUCCAGUCCAUUUAUUUAGCCGAAUCAUUCAAAAGAAGACAUAGGUGACGAUAGAAAAGCCGUGGUCGCAACCCAUGGCGCGUGCUUUUGCACUAAGGUGCAUCGCUGGUUGCGUACUAUCGGCAACUUUCUGUGAUCUGUACGUCUUAAUAAGAAGAACGAAUAGCAGAAAUUGGAAAAUUGGUCAGAGUCGAUUACAGCUGAGAUGCGCGUGCUUACAUAAGCAUACACGAUGGGUUGUGACCAAGGUUUUACAUCUCUUAAAGUAUCUAUGAAUCCCACUUUUGUCAUGCAUGAUCUUCUUUUUUAAUCCUCGAACGCAGAGGGUGCGACAAGGUUCUCAUACCGAGCAACUUCUGUUUGAAAUUAUGUCUCCAUUCACUUGAUUAUUAUGGUAUGAUUACUCAUUUCUUAUUCCUCAAAAGAAAGACUGAUCCUCCAUUUUGCUCAGCAGUGGGAUGAAAACUAGUUGGUAAAACCAACUAACAACGUUGGUUUUAAAUGGGCAAGUGGUCCAUUGCUCCUGAUGGUCGUUCAAAAAAAAAACCCUGUCAGUUACGCUUGAUUUUACGAACGACCCCUUCUUGUGCUUAAAAGAUAUUAAGGACACAUCCCAGUCGUGCGUAAAUUCAUGCGUAACUUUAUGAACAGCUUCAUGAAAAACCACUCGGGUAUAUAAGAAGACAUUCUUUCAUCACAAUGUUCAGUUUGUGUUGCAGUCAUAGAUCGUAUCUUGAAAAUCCGUCGUCAAAACUUUAUAUUGUGGUGUCCCGAGUUGCCGGUAUCAUGGGUAUGAUGAUUACCAUUGAUUCCAAUAAAAUCACGAUUAUACCAUCGUGUGAUUCCAUGGUGACACUCUCUGGCGAUAUUCUGUCCUUUGAAAAAAAAAUACGAACAGAUCUUACCCCCCCGGAAAUUCCACAUAGAUGAGCUAUGCUAAAAUAAAGGCAUACUUUUGCAAGUAAUAACUGAACAGAAUAUUCUGAUGAUAUUAUCAAUCUUACAAAAUGUUAUCCUUGAUCAGAGUUUUAUUUUUAUUUUUUUGUAUAUAUUUACUAGAGAAAUGUAUCUAUCUAUCAGGAGCGGCGUCAGGAUAUUUUGAUAGGGGCAAGACUAUCUAAAGGUGACGUCAUAUUUUUUCUCUAUUAUCUCUACUGAAUUGUAGGGUGUUCAAUAGAUACACGACCUGGAAAUUUCAUUAUACCUCUUUUCUCCCAUCUUUCUCCAUUUCUCUCUGUUUUCCCAUUCCCCUGUUUCACUACUUUAAAAUCUUAGAGGGCACCCUGAUAUCGAAGGGUUCUUUGAUGGGAAUAUGACAUAAUUAGCAGGUGAUUCCUCUUAAGAUAAGGAUGAAUUUAUAUUCUUUUACUUUAAUGUGUCCAUUUCCAAUAUUGUGAACAUGAUGAAUGUUGAUUCUGUGUCGAUCGGGGAUCUUUAUAUAAGAAUUAUAAUAUGAUUAAUGACAAUCACUGUUUGCAGUGGCAGAGGUAAUGCGUUUUAAACAGAAAUACAUGACUUAAUGAAUUCAAAUUUACAAGUCUGACAUUAUUUUUCUCGAUGCCGACAAAAUAUUUUAGAUCAAAUUGUGUUACUACGCACAUUCUUGAUAAUUUAUAUUGUAUGAUUAAUAAACUAAAUUUGCAUUUAUUUUUCCGCGUUCAAUCAUAAGUUUUAUCACCCUCUUGAAUAUUUGAAUUUAUGUACCAAAAUUGUUUUUUAAUAAUUUGAUAACAAAUUUUGAGGGAGAUAAUUUUCUGCAUUUUAUGUAAAUAGCGAAUCGUGCUGUGUACAUUUAAAUAUUAUUUUAUAUUGCCAAUAAUUAUUGUGUGACUUUUUAAAAUUCACAGCAUAAGUUUUUAUGUUUUUGCUUUCUUGAAAUAAACUUGAUCUAUAUUUAUUCCAUUAAA